GAGAUUGCGUAAUUCAGAAAAACUGAUCUAUUAAGCUGUUAUUUUAUUAUCUGGCGUUUGCAUGCUGAUUUAUAAAAAAGCAGUCAAGAAUGGAAGAGGAAACAGAGCAUUUAGCUGCAAUGUUGUCUAUUGUAGAUGAACAGUCACACAAAUUAACAGAAGAUUUGAAACCAGAUCUAUCAACAAUAUUUUCAUCUUCUCAAGACAUAAAAACAGAAUUUACAACAUUUUCAUCUAUGGUUGAUGCAAAACCCAACUUGACAUUCACAUCUUCUCAAGAUGUUAAACCAUAUACUACAACAGAAUUUUCUUCUUCUAAUGACACAGAAACAGAAUUUUCAAGUUUUUCAUCUCUUGAUAAAUUUACACCCAACAAAACGUUUAUAAGCUUGCAAGAUGUUAAACCUGAUGUUACAACUGAGUUUUUAAUUUGUAAAGAUAAAAAGCCUGCUGUAUCAACAUUAUCAACAUCUGAAGAUAACAAAUCAGAAGUCACAACUUUAUCAGAAAGUAAAGAUUCAAAACCAGAAUUAUUGACAGGAUUUAUUUUUUUUGAGGAUAAAACACAAAAAAGGCUUGAACUUCAAGUUGAAGAAAAUCUUCAGUUUUCUAGAGACAAAAGAUAUCAAAUUGUUUCUAGUCACAAACAGAAAUGGUUUUAUCAAAGUUCUAACUUUAAAAAACAUAAAACAGCUCAAGACAGUGAGAAGAUAAAUUUAUCAACUCACAAAAAUGUUCAUUCUGGAGAAAGGCCACAUGAAUGCGAUGUUUGUAAUAAAAGGUUUACUCGAAGUUCUGGCUUAAGUGAUCACAAAAAAAUGCAUACAGGAGUAAAGCCAUAUGAAUGUGAUGUUUGUCAUAAAAGGUUUUCUCUAAAAUCUAAUUUAAGAGCACAUAAAAAAAUUCAUUCAGGAGAAAGGCCACAUGAAUGUGAUGUUUGUCAUGAAAGGUUUUCUCAAAGUUCUACUUUGAAAACCCAUAAAAAGGUUCAUUCAGGAGAAAGGCCACAUGAAUGUGAUGUUUGUCAUAAAAGGUUUUCUACAAAUUCUAAUUUAAAAUCACAUAAAAAGGUUCAUUCAGGAGAAAGGCUACAUGAAUGUGAUGUUUGUCAUAAAAGGUUUUCUCAAAGUUUUAAUUUAAGAGCACAUAAAAAGAUUCAUUCAAGAGAAAGGCCACAUGAAUGUGAUGUUUGUCAUAAAAGGUUUUCUCAAAGUACUAAUUUAAGAAAACAUAAAAAGGUUCAUUCAGGAGAAAGGCCAUAUGAAUGUGAUGUUUGUCAUAAAAGGUUUUCUCAAAGUACUUAUUUAAGAAUACAUAAAAAGGUUCAUUCAGAAGAAAGGCCACAUGAAUGUGAUGUAUGUCAUAAAAGGUUUUCUCAAAGUACUUAUUUAAGAAUACAUAAAAAGGUUCAUUCAGAAGAAAGGCCACAUGAAUGUGAUGUAUGUCAUAAAAGGUUUUCUAAAAGUACUUAUUUAAGAACACACAAAAAGGUUCAUUCAGGAGAAAGGCCACAUGAAUGUGAAGUUUGUCAUAAAAAGUUUUCUCAAGAUUCUAAUUUAAGAACACAUAAAAAAAUUCAUUCAGGAGAAAGGCCACAUGAAUGUGAUGUUUGUCAUAAAAAGUUUUCACAAAUUACUCAUUUAUUAAGUCAUAAAAAUGUUCAUUCUGGAGAAAGGCCAUAUGAAUGCGAUGUUUGUCAUAAAAGGUUUUCUCAAAGUACUAAUUUAAGAAAACAUAAAAAGGUUCAUUCAGGAGGUAAGUCACAUGAAUGUGAUGUUUGUCAUAAAAGGUUUUCUCAAAGUACUCAUUUAAAAUCACAUAAAAAGGUUCAUUCAGGAGAAAGGCCACAUGAAUGUGAUGUUUGUCAUAAAAGGUUUUCUACAAAUUCUAAUUUAAAAUCACAUAAAAAGGUUCAUUCAGGAGAAAGACAACGUGAAUGUGACCUUUGACAUCCAAGGUUUUCUCAAAUUUCUUGUUUAUCUUCACACAAAAAAAAUUCAUUAAAGAGAGAGACCACAUGAUAGUGAUAUUUAUCACAAAAAGUUGACUCGGAAGUAUAAUGUGUUAUGAUUUUUGUGUUUUUACAGGUUAUAAGCCAUAUGUAUGUAUACAAGAUUUUCUUAAAGCUCUUAUUUAAGUGCACUUGAAAAAGUCAUUCAAGAGACAGGCCACAUUAAUCUGGUAUUUGUCAGAGAUUUUCUCAAAGUUCAUUCAGGAGAUAAGCCACAUGAAUGUUUAUGUUUGUCACAAAAGAUUUUGUCAAUUAUCUAAUUUAAAUACUCAUAAAAAUUCAUUCUAAAGGUAAUCCAGGAAAUUCAUCAUGACUAAAAACCAAUUUAAUAUCAUUUUUAACAUCAAUAAUUAAUUCUAGAGCAAAUUAUUAUUGAAUAUCUUGUUAUAAUUUUUUCUUCACAUAACUUUAACUAGGGUCAUCGAAUAGUGGGCCAUAGUUUAUUAAUUUUAAUAUUUGUAUUAUGAAAAGGUUCUUUUGUCAAAGAGUAUACCAUGUCAAUUAUUAUACAUACUCUAAAAAGAAAUUGUAUUCUGACUGUAAAAGGAAAUAGCAUUCUAUAAUGUCAGCUGCAUGUGUACAAUUUUUUUCUUUAUGUAGCCUACUUUUUAUGGGUGUUAUCUGUAAAUGUGUAUGAUAGGAGAAGUAAGCUAUAACUUUUAGAAACCCAGGGUUUUAUUUUUAUACCCGCAUGGUUUUGUUUACAUUAUUAACAAUAACAGAAGCUAACUAAAAUAAAACACAAAGUUCAAUUCAUUUAUUUACAUUUACUAGAUGUUUACAAUAAAUGUAGGCCCUACUGUUACACAAUCCUAAUUCAUAACUUAACACAUUUACACUAUUCACAAACAGCUCCGUCAGACAUACAGGAACAUGACAGAAUAUCAGGUUGACAGGUAAAACAACCUGCAUUAGACAAGUACAAUGACAUCAGGCCAGCAGUCACAGUGGCAUCUGGCCAACAGGUACAGUGACAUCAAAACUUCUGAGCAGACAAUCUUUUUUUGUAAACACUUUUUCAUCUUUUGCUAAAUGACCUUAAUCAUUAUAUUGAGAGGUAUAGAAUCUUAAAUCAUAUAAUCAGACUCUACUGUCUGCAAUGUAUAACUCAUACAGACCAUAUGUAAAAACUUACUGCCCCAAAAAUAUUUUUUUUCCUAUAUUUGUCCUUGAAAUGUAUGUAUUGUCAUCACUAAUGCAGAUUUUAUUGUAAAUUGAAUUGAGAUUGAAAUUUAAAUGGUAAUUUAGUACCUGGAUAAAUUAAAAAUAAAUUUAAAACUUCUACUUGCAUUGUUUGACAUUAUUUUAUUCAUCCCAUUUAGGAUCCCUUCCUCCCAUCAUUUAUAUGUCUUAUGGAACUAACCUCAAGUUUAAAGAUGCUCCAACCAUUGCUAAGUCUUAUGGUCACUUCCUUACUUUUGCUAGAUGAAUGUUUUUUUAUUCAAUUAAAUUAAAUGCAUUUGUAACAUGUUGUAUAGGCCUAUAGAUUUUAUCAUUCUGCACUCCUUCUCAAAUGAACUUGAUGCCAAACCACAGACACCUCUCUACAUGCAAUGUGUUUAAAAACAGUACAACAUAAUUAUCUUCACAUAUUCAUAUAAUUGCUAUAGAAUUUAGAUAUUAACCACACAUAACAAUUUUAUGAAUAAACAUUUAAAUUUUUUAAAACAGCAUAAAAAUUAUCAAUUUGAAGAAAAGAAAGACUUAAGCUGCAAUUGUUACAUUUUGGUAUCUUAGUUUCAACAUACCGUGAUUAUUGGUUAAUCAUUAUUUAAUUUUGUAUUGUUUACUAUUUAAAAAACAAACAUUGUCGAGCCUAAUGAAAUUUCUAAUGUAGUGAUUCAUAAGAAAUUAUAACAUGAAAAGUUUUUAAAAUAGCUAAAUUGUUUUUUUUUAUUGUUAUUGUAUUUCUAUCAAUACUUCCUGUAUGUAUAAAUUCCAAUGAGACCAAUGUGUUUUGAAUGCUGGGGUAUGUUUUUCUCUCUUGUGAUGCUCCAAAGCCUGUACGUGCCAGGUAUGUGAAGGUCAGUGUCAGACAACUUAUGCUUGUUAGGGAAACAUUUCAAAUUUCAAACGCUUAUUUUACAAUUUUUUUUUUCAACAAGAAGUAAAAUAAAAUAAAUGAAUGACUAUC